AUGGUUUCCAAUAAAACCGCACAGCAACGACAACAAAUUAUCAAUGAAUAUUUGAGAAUAUUUUUACUCGAAGAUAAAUCCAAUACUAGGAUUGCCAAUAUUUCGGGUGGAGAAAGAAAACGGCUGUGUGUUGCAUUGGAAUUAUUAAAUAAUCCCGCAGUGCUGUUUGUCGAUGAACCGACAACUGGUCUCGAUGAAUUCUCUGCCACUCAGUGCAUAACAUUACUCAAGAGAUUAGCCACAGCGGGACGCACUAUAAUCUGUUCAAUCCACUCUCCAUCGGCUAGACUCUUCCAAAUGUUCGAUAAGGUCUAUGUUAUGUCAGCUGGCCAAUGCAUUUAUCAGGGAUCAGUGGAUGGCAUAGUUCCGUACUUGCAAAAUUUCAAUUUGCAAUGUCCGAUUACCCACAAUCCAGCUGAUUACAUUAUUGAAGUUGCCACAAAUUUCCAUGGAGACUAUCAUGAGGCCAUGGUUAGUGAAAUUCAAAAUGGCAAAGUUCACAAAUGGCAUUCCAGUGGUCCAAGUGAACGCAAUACCCUUGUUACAUCCUCCUUUGAUCACACGAAUCUCAAUACAACGAAGGAAGCGAAAAAUACUUGGUGGUCGGAAUAUUGCAUAAUAUUUAAACGGAAUUUACAACAAAUGCUGAGAGAUAAGACUAAUAUGAAACUUAUGGUGUAUACAAAUAUCUUCCUGUCUACAAUUAUGGGUAUUGCAUUCAGCCAAGUCGGCAAUCACGGUUAUUUAGGUUCCUUUAAUUAUAAUUUUGUGGUCCUAACAAUAGUUCAAUUUGUGUUUUUAUCCAUGGCACCAAUGCUGUCAUACGCACAAGAAAUUUUAUAUUUGCGGCGAGAACAUUUCAAUCAAUGGUAUCGUCUCAGUAGCUAUUUUAUGGCCCUGGUGACAUGCCAAUUUGUCAUGUGGACCUUCUCUUCGGUGCUAGGAUCAACGAUAAUGUAUUUUCUGAGUGGUCAACCAAGACAGCUGUUUCGUUAUUUGCUAUUUAUCGGCAUUACACUGCUCACAUCAUUGACUGGAUCCAGUUUUGGUAUUUUAGUAGGAUCCAGGUUAAGAUUAUUGAAUGCCCUAUUUAUGGGUCCAAAUAUGUGUGCCAUUUGGAUAAUGUUUGCCAAUUAUGCCGUUGAUCGUCCGCACUUUCAUCCGCUGGAAACAUUUUUGAUGUACACCAGUUUUAUGCGUCACUCAGUCGAGGGUCUAAUGAUAACACUGUUCGGUUAUAAUCGUGCCGAUUUACCUUGUCCCGAAAAUAUUGUUUUUACCAUUGAAAUGUACGAAUUGAAAUGUCGCGCAUCGACAUCGGCAUCUGUCGAAAAUGGAGAUGUAUUUCGUAAAUUAUCGCGUGUCAUGGGCGUCAACAUAAAAUUUGUGGAUCUAACGUAUUUUGCCCGAAAUGAAGAUCGAA